GCCUGGCCACCACCGCGCCUGACGCCUGUCGCGGACGACAUCAUGGCAGAGUAUGAUGCAAAGGGCUUGCUGCUCGAUCUUAUGAAGCAAGAUGGCAACAAGCUCUGUUGCGAUUGCAAAGCGCCCAUGCCACAAUGGGCCAGCGUCAGCCACGGUACAUACAUCUGCCUCAACUGUUCUGGCGUGCAUCGCAGUCUCGGCGUACACAUCAGCUUCGUCCGCUCGCUUACAAUGGACAAGUGGAGCGAGGCGCAAGUACGAAAGAUGACGAUAGGCGGCAAUGCGAAAGCACGCCAAUUCUUCGAAGCCUCGCCCGAGUACCAGCCUGGCAUGUCCAUCUUCGAUCUCUACAACAGUCACGUGGCGCUGCAGUAUCGCGACAAGUUACAAGCAGAAUGCGAUGGCAAAGAGUGGGAUCCCUCUAUGACGCCUGCCGUCGUGCCGAGCUUGCAAGCCAGCUCGGCUGUGCGCAAGAGCAGAACGUUGGGCGCUAGCAGCGCCUUGGGGUCGUCAGGGCGCAAUAGUCCACGAAGCUUUGGCGUCUCACCGAGCGAAUCUGCAGUCUCGACGCCAGGAUCGAUCAGUGCAGGAGCUGCGGGAGGAAUCGCGAACCCUUACUCUGCAAAGGCGAAAAAUGAGUCCUACUUUGCCACACUCGGUGCAGCCAAUUCUUCUCGACCUGAAGAUCUUCCCCCCUCACAGGGCGGCCGCUAUGCUGGCUUUGGCAGUGGCGGCGUCUCUCCAGGAGGUGCCAACGCGACGUCCAGCAAGGCGCUCCCGAGUAUCGACGAUUUUACGCAAGAUCCAGUAUCCGCGCUCAGCCGAGGCUGGGGCUUCUUCUCCUCUGCGCUCGGUCAAGCCGCCAAGACAGUGAACGAGACCGUCAUAGAACCAGGCAUGCAGCGCGUGGCCGACCCAGAGUUCCAAGCGCAAUUGCACGGGUAUGCGAGCAAAGCGACGACUGUGCUCGGAGAAGCGGGUAGAAGGGGCGGAGAGACGCUUGCGGGAGGUAUGCGUGCAGGCGCUACGAUAGCAAAACGAGAGAUCGGCGUUGAUGUUGGCGACCUGGGAGCGUCGUAUGUCGACAAGCUCGCGAAACGGAACGCACAACAGGGUGGGGCUGCCUCGCCGGGACAGCAGGAGGCCGGUCUAGACUUUUUCGAUCAGCAUACUGCGCCUAAUGGUCAAGCGGGCGAGCUGGGCUACUCGACCAAAGACAUCUAUGCACAGUCCGGUCGCAACGGCUAUCAAGCUGUCAAUUCAGUGGUUGGUCAGGAUAUGGCCCGUGGGUACAGCGAUAGUGGGAGCAGCGAGCAAGCUACGCCGGAUCUUCGAGGCAAGCGUGCGCCUGCAGCCAAGGCAAAUAAAGUCGAUGACUCGGAUUGGGGGAACUUCCAAGAUGAUUGGAAGGACGACUAG